UGACGCUUUGAAUGGAGUCGAUUGCGCAAUCAGGGCCUGUAUAAAAGACCAAUGACCGGAAGUACAUUUCUUUUCGUCUCUGCGCCUGACGCACGAUGGACGUCGGACUUGCCUCCUUCCAAGCUGUUGUUUAGCCAGUAAUAUUUCUCCGGUCAUGUUUUUACUCGUUAUAGGUGUUAAAAACAUCAUAAGGUAGUUAAUUUAAACCGUUUUAUAGCAAUUUAUAUCCGUUUAGGGCGAUUUUAUGGCAUUUCUGUGUGACGCACUUCGAGGAGCUGGGCACUUUUCGAGUGCAUGGUGAACGUUAGUGGCCAUUUCGACGGGACAAGAGGACAUCUUUCGACCAAAAGACGAUUAGACCGGAGAAAGGAUUCAUUGCCCAAGAUUCUGAUGGCAGUUCAGCUAAUACAUGCAGAGUGACGAUGGAGACGGGAUGCUGUGUGUUGACACAGACGUGGCAGAACAGCGGGAGAGUUGUAAAGUUAAAGUGAAGUGGACUCAUGAGGAUGAUAAUCUAAAGAUGCUGGUGCACAACUUUGGAAAAGGUGACUGGAAAACUAUCGUCAGCUUUCUACCAGGACGCACAGAGUACCAUAUAUGAAGGCUCUGGAUCCAGAUAUAAUCAAGGGUACUUGGACCAAGGAGGAGGAUGACAAGGAUGGCUCAAGUGCCCAAAGUUACGCUGGCAGGGGGCUUGGAGAUAUGCCGCAUCCUGAACGGCAUGUGGCAGGUAUCAGGUGCUCAUGGUCCGGUGGAUCAUCCCAAAGCAGUGCAGGCGAUGCAAGCCUAUAUUGAUGCUGGGCUAACAACUUUUGACAUGGCAGAUAUCUAUGGACCAGCGGAGGAGAUUUUUGGACACUUCAACAGCCAGCUGAAAUCGAAACUCAGCUAUGAUGCUGCACCAGCCCUGCAGGGUUUGACCAAAUGGGUGCCACGACCUGGACCAAUGGACCGCAAGGUUGUGGAGAAGGCAUUGCAGCGUUCCAUGGACCGUAUGCAGGUGGAUUCUCUGGACUGUGUGCAGUUCCACUGGUGGAACUACAGCGAUAAUAGAUACCUGCAUGCCCUGGGGCACCUGUCUGACCUGCAGCAGGAUGGACUCAUACGAGAGCUGGCCCUCACCAACUUUGACACUCAGAGGCUUGAGGAGAUCACAAACAAAGGGAUCAGAGUCUCCAGUAACCAGGUGCAGUACUCUCUGAUUGACCAGCGGCCCGCUGUUAAGAUGGAGGCGGUCUGCCUGUCUCACGGCAUCCAGCUCCUCACCUAUGGAACUCUGGCUGGUGGUCUACUCUCAGAGCGCUAUCUGGGGAAGGCAGAGCCUACAAGCAGGGUGGAGCUCAACACUGCCUCCCUCAGUAAAUACAAGAAGGUGAUUGAUGGCUGGGGAGGAUGGGGGCUGUUCCAGGAGCUGCUGGUUCUCUUGGGCGGUGUUGCCCAGGGCCACAGCUGCUCCAUUGCCAACGUGGCUACCCGCUACAUUCUGGACCGGCCAGCAGUGGCUGGAGUCAUCGUGGGCUGUCGUCUCGGCGUUGCUGGGGCGGAACACAUCAAGGACAGCCUGCACAGCUGCAGCCCAGAGUUGGAGCUCACGGCGCAAGACCUGCGCACCAUAGACGGCGUGCUGCAGCGCUCGCGUGACCUCAUGAGCCUCAUCGGAGAUUGUGGAGACGAGUACAGGAACUAGAGGAGAAAAGAGAAGAUGGACCAGAGCAUCUGGGUUGGAGGGAAGUUGAGAUGGGGUACUGGAGGAAGAACAUGUAAAUGUGUGAAUAAAUGUGUGUAUAGAUGAUGAUGGGAAGUUAGAGGAUGGCAGGAGUAGAAGGAAAUGUGGUGGGAAGAGAAGGCCUGGGGGGCUGAAACUGAAAAUGACAGAUGGGAGGGGCAUGAGGGGGAAUGACAGCAUGAACUAUGACAGGGCACACAGAUAUACAGCCUUUUACUUUUAUUUUUAAAAAUAGUGUCAACGUGUGAUAAAUGUUACCCUGUACCCAUAUAAUUAAGAAUGUAAUGUAUAUAGCGUCAAUAUGUCUCUGUGUAUGGAAAGGGCUUUUAAGUAAAAUAAGAUAUUGACCUAAAGCAGCUUGUUUAAUUUACAAUACGCACAAUAGUUAUUGAUAGUUUUUGUAAAAAUCCUCUUCCUGUACUCUUUCAUGACAUCCCUUCAGACAAGGAGAAUUUUUUUAUUUCUAUUACAUUACUCAAGAGGGAAAUGUCUCUGUGUUUGAGGUGGUCUGUGGUGGGCCUUUGUUUGCGGUAUGCUGGUGUUGUGUUUGUUUGAGGAUUACUAGGGUGGAAGAUGUGGGUAGACCUGUCUGGCGUACACUGGGAAGAGUUUCACUAGGGAAGUAGAUCAUGGUGGAGUCCUCUGAUGUUCCUUGACAGAGCUAGCUGACUGGCUGUUCACUCAAGGGUCUGGAUAUAUGCAAACAGGAGGGGUCAGAGGAAGAUUUGGGGUGGGGGUAGCACUGAGGGGCAAUUAGAUGACAGGCUAGAAGAUUAGGGGUGGGUGUAGCACUGAGGGGCAAUUAGAUGACAGGCUAGAAGAUUAGGGGUGGGUGCCAGCUGGGGGGCAGGAGCAGGGGUAUUUCGGGGGUCUUUCCAUCUCUUGUAACUGUGGUAAUGAGGCAUUGAUACUGUACAAGAGACAGACGCUCUAAUGAACAUGAUGAUUCCCCCAGACUGCCACUAUCGCAGCUGCUGAAACUAACAGGGAGUGUACCCACAGCCUGGGGUUAAAGGUCAGAUACAAGAUCACAUGUACUCCACUAUGGGGAAACACACUAGGGUAUAGUACAGUACUAUGACAUCCAGUAAAACUACAGUCUCUCACCAAGGGACUGAGUUUAGCCUGCUUCAGUGUGCCUCAGACUAAGGGCUUAAUUCAAUUAGAUCUGCUUGAACCAAUAUCAGCAUAGCAGUUGUUUUGGCAGUGUCGGAGGUGGAACUACAUUAGAGUUGACAAAUCCACAAGUGACUCUUGGAAUUAUACCUACAGUAAAGCAGACAUUGCCUGCAUAGGGUCGUAUUAACAGAAAUCCCAUGCAGCCUUGUUUACAAGUUCAAACAGUGGAAUGUGAGAUUGAAUCUACACGUCCAUUAGGCUGAUAGAAAUCCUCAUUAUUUAGUUGAAUGAUUUUUCGAUUUGAGCGUAAUUAUCUCGUUCUGAACUUCUAAUGUGAGUGGGGCGGGUGUGGCUUAGUGACAAAGAUUUGACGUCUUCAACGCAGUUCCUCCAAAACAUCCGCAUCGCUAUUGUCAGUUAACACUUGAUCUGAUUAAAUCUAGGCCCUAAACACCUUGUUUUCCCCAGCUCAGUGGUCUUCAGGUUAGUGUGACAGCAGCCAUGUGUGGUUGGUAUUAUAUUUCUGUGGUGGGCUACUGUGUAUCUAUCAGCUGUCCUCUCUCUCAUCUUGUUGGAUGACCCUAUGUUUAAAGAGCAUCUCUGUCUGUAGUUUCAUGCACACAUACAUGCUGAUGUGCCCUUGAAUCUUUCAAUAGGCUUUUUAAUUAUUAAAACUCAUGAAAUAUGCACA